CUGGCAUGCGUGUCAGCGGCCGUACGUGCGAGGAUCUCCUUCCGCGUCUGCUCGCCUCGCCCCUUCUCGACUCAUUCGAGACCAAAACCGCCUCCUCUGCUCCGCCUGUGGGCAGGCUAGCCCAGCCUCUCUUCUCCCUCACGCGACACGACACGACAACGCUGCGCGCGAGUGAGCGGACCGAGGACCCGAGCGGCGAGCGCUCUCCCCGCGAGACCCGUCGGCGGCGGCGGCGGAGAUGUUGGAGGACCAGGUCGCCUCCCUGCUGCAAAAGUACCUCGGCAACUACGUACUGGGGCUCAGCAAGGAGGCGCUUAAGAUCAGCGUCUGGAGAGGAGAUGUAGAACUCACAAACAUGCAAUUGAAGCCAGAAGCGCUCAAUUCACUGAAGUUACCUGUUAGAGUCAAAGCUGGUUUCCUUGGUUCAGUGAAGCUCAAGGUUCCAUGGAGCAGGCUCGGACAAGAGCCAGUUUUGGUUUAUCUCGAUCGGAUCUUUAUAUUAGCUGAACCAGCAACACAAGUUGAAGGUUGCAGCGAGGAUGCUGUUCAAGAAGCAAAACGAAGUAGAGUUAGGGAAAUGGAAAUCAAAUUAUUGGAGCGCCAACAGCAACUGAAAUCUGAACUCAAUUCAUCAUGGCUUGGGUCUUUCAUUAGCACUGUAAUUGGAAAUAUCAAGUUGUCCAUCGGCAAUAUUCAUAUCAGAUAUGAAGACGUAGAGAGCAAUCCAGGCCACCCUUUCACAGCAGGUCUGGUACUUUCAAAGCUUUCAGCAGUUACUGUGGACAACCUUGGAAAGGAGACUUUUGCUACUGGUGGAGAUUUGGACCGAGUGAAGAAGUCUGUUGAACUUGAGAGUCUGGCGUUGUAUUUCGACUCUGAUAGCAGUCCUUGGAGUAUGGAUAAGCCCUGGGAAGAUUUACUUCCAUCAGAAUGGAGUCAGGUUUUUGAGUUUAGGGAGCAGGAUGGUUCCAGAUCUGCUUCAAAAAAGCACACUUACAUUUUACAACCUAUAUCUGGCAAAGCAAAAUAUACAAAAAUACAACUUACUGAAGCAAAGAAAACAGGACAGGCAUUGCAAAAUGCUGCUGUUGAUUUGGAUGAUGUUACUCUGUCACUGUCAAAGGAUGGCUACAGGGACAUCUUGAAGAUGGCUGAUAAUUUCUCUUCUUUUAAUCAACGGCUGAAAUAUGCUCAUCUCCGACCAUCUUUACCGGUAAAAUCGGAUCCACGAGCUUGGUGGAAGUAUGCAUACAAGGUGGUGACUCAGGAAAUGAAGAAAGCAAGUGGGAGUCUAUCUUGGGAGCAAUUAUUGAGAAAUGCAAGACUUCGGAAGACAUAUGUUUCUUUAUAUGCAUCCCUUUUGAAAUCUGACAUGAGCCGACAGGCUGUUGAUGACCAUGAGGAGAUUAAGAGGCUGGAUCGUGGACUUGAUAUAGAGGUUAUUCUACAGUGGAGGAUGCUGGCACACAAGUUUGUAGAACAGUCAGCAGAAACGUAUCAGUAUGGUCAAAAAAAUAAGAAACAGUCCUGGUGGUCAUUUGGAUGGACUGGCUCUUCAAAGGAUGAGGAAGAUUCAAAGAGUUUUAAUGAUGAAGAUUGGGAAAGAUUAAAUCAUAUUAUUGGAUACAAAGAAAAUAAUGAGUAUAUACCUGGUCAGCAGGAUAUGAAACUGAUGCAGUUUUAUUUUGAAAUUCGUAUGAAGCAUAAUGCAUCAAAGCUUAUCGUUGAUGAUUCUGAGUGCCUUGUUGAUCUCUCUUGUCAAGAUUUCUGCUGUAACUUGAAAAUGUAUCCGGAGGCAAAAAUAUUUGAUCUGAAGCUUGGUUCCUACAGGCUUUUAUCUCCAUAUGGCCUGCUUGCUGAGAGUGCAAGUGUUGUUGAUUCUUUUGUUGGCAUAUUCUCCUACAAACCUUUUGAUGAGCAACUGGACUGGAGUUUGACAGCUAAAGCUUCUCCUUGUUAUAUAACUUAUUUAAAAGAUUCGAUUGAUCAAAUCGUUUCCUUCUUCAAGAGUAGUCCUACCAUUAGCCAGACCCUGUCACUAGAGACUGCUGCUGCUGUACAGAUGACAUUAGAUGAAGUGAAACGUACCGCUCAACAGCAAAUGACUCGAGUGCUUAAAGAUCAGUCCAGGUUUUCACUGAACAUGGAUAUUGCUGCUCCUAAAAUUACUGUUCCUACCAAGUUCCGGCCUGAUGAUGUACAUGAGACUAAGCUUUUGCUUGACCUUGGAAAUUUAGUUCUUCGGACAGAGGAAAUAUGGGAUUCCUAUACUUCAGAAAAGCAGGAUAUAUAUCUGAAUUUCAAUUUGGUACUUAGUGAUGUAUCUGCAUUUCUGGUGGAUGGUGAUUACCAUUGGAAUGAAACAUCUAAUGAAAUCAACUUGUUGCCAGUUAUUGACAAGUGUGGAAUUGCUUUAAAGCUUCAGCAGAUCCAGUUAGAAAGUCCUCUGUAUCCUUCCACAAGAAUGGCGAUACGGGUGCCUUCCCUAGGAUUUCAUUUCUCUCCAGCACGCUAUCAUCGUUUGAUGGAAAUUUUAAAGAUUUUUCAAGAUAGUGUUAGCGAGGAUAGCAGUUCGGAUCUUGAACAUUUGUGGGAUCAGGCUGACUUUGAGGGAUGGUCGUCUCUUCUUACAUGGAAGGGUGUUGGAAACCGGGAAGCUUCUUGGCAACAUAGAUACUUGCGGCUUGUGGGGCCAUUUCUCUAUGUAUUUGAAAAUCCAACGUCUACAACAUACAAGCAAUGGACCAGUUUACGUGGGAAACAAGUUCAUCAGGUCCCUACUGAACUUACAAAUGGUGUGCAUAACAUCCUGGCGCUGCAUGAUUCUGGUCAAGUUAAUCCCAAGGAACGGCCAAGUAGCAUAAUUCUGGAAGACACUGGUGCUUUGAUUCUGUUGUUUGAUAAUGACGAAGGACGAAAGAUAUGGCAGAGCCGCUUGCAGGGUGCUAUAUACCGUUCAUCGGGUUCUGCUGUAAUUUCUAGCUUUCCUGAAGUUGCUCUCCCAUCAGAGUCCCACUCCUUCAAAGGCAGCUUUUCGGAUGUUGUCGACACAGAGAAAUUGUUUGUUGCUGGCAUUCUUGAUGAGCUAAAGAUCUGUUUUUCAUGCGGCUAUGAGAGUAACCACAAACUGAAAAAAAUUCUGCUAGCUAAGGAGAGCAGCCUGUUUGAAUUUCAGGCAGUUGGUAGCCAGGUUGAACUCUCAAUGAAAGGUGGCAACUUACUGAUAGGAACUAUUUUGCGGUCACUAGAAAUUGAAGACCAGUAUUACUACCCAGGGAGUCCAGAGCCAAGGUUCUUGGCAAGGUCUUUUAUCAAUAGCAUGCAAACACAAGAAGUCCACUCUACUGGUCGAAAGAACAGCAUGGGACCUCCAUUGAAAAAAACUGAGAGUGAGGAAAGUUUUUUUGAGGCAUCAGAUGAUUUUGAUGAAUUUGAAACACCAUCUCGUUCAGUAGGGGAAGCCCCUACUGGAGUCGUUCAAAAAAAAUUUGAAACACCUAUGCUACAAGAGAGGACUAUAUCAGAUUAUUUCAGUACCCAGAACCUCUUGCCUACUAGUCUUCCUUCCCUACAACCCCCGACAUUUAGUCGAAUUCCUGGUUUGAUACCAGGCAGUGAACUUCAAACUGUCGGAAUCACUUUGGAAGGUAGUGGUACUUUCGAUAGUUUUGUGAAAGCUCAGAUAGUGAUUUAUGACAAGCAUUCGCCUCAGUACAACAACUUGGAUAACAGGGUAGUUGUAACCGUUGCUACUUUGACCUUCUUUUGCCAUCGGCCAACUGUUAUUGCAAUCAUGGAAUUUAUGAAUGCUAUCAACCUUGCAAAUGUGCCUGAUACUGAUAAAGAUAAGGACACGUGUCUGGACUCUGUAAAAGAUGGUACAGUUGAGGAAUCUAAGUCUGGUCUGGAACUGGAACCAGCCAUAAAAAGGUUACUGGCCAAAGGUAAAAGCAGAAUAGUUUUUCAUCUUACCUCCAGCAUGGCAGAGGCACAGAUAUUACUGAUGAAUGAAAAAGGUGACCGACUUGCUACUUUAUCACAAAAUAACCUCUCAACUGAUAUAAAGGUGUUCACAUCGUCAUUCAGCAUAAAGGCUGCACUUGGAAACCUUAAAAUAAGUGAUGAUAGUCUCCGUAGCAGCCACCCUUACUUUUGGGUUUGUGAUAUGCGAAAUCCAGGAGGACGUUCUUUUGUGGAGAUUGACUUUAGUUCAUACAAUGUCGGUGAUGAAGACUAUUGUGGUUAUGACUAUAGUCUCGUAGGGCAGCUUUCAGAAGUUAGAAUUGUUUAUCUCAACCGUUUUGUUCAAGAGAUUAUCAGUUAUUUUAUGGGCCUUGUCCCUAAAAGUUCUGAUGGCGUUGUAAAGCUGAAAGACGAUGUGACCAACUCUGAGAAGUGGGUUAGCAAAACCGAUAUGGAAGGAUCACCUGCCCUCAAAUUGGAUGUUUCUUUCAGUAGGCCUAUAAUUGUUAUGCCCCGUGAAACUGAUAGCACGGAUUUUUUGGAGCUCGAUGUUCUAUACAUAACAGUCCAAAAUGAAUUCCAUUGGAUAGGUGGUGACAAGAAUGAGAUGAGCGCUGUUCACCUUGACAUUUUGACGGUUACAGUAAGGGACAUAAAUUUAGUUAUUGGUAUGGAUAUGGCAUGUGGCGAAACUAUAAUUCAAGAUGUGGAAGGUCUCUCCUUUGAACUUCGUAGAUCAUUGCGUGAUCUGAGGCAUCAGUUGCCAGUGGUGGAGGCAGCAAUUAAGGUAGAAGUUCUGAAAGCGGCACUAUCCAAUCGAGAAUACGAAAUUAUAUCUGAAUGUGCAUUAUCUAACUUCUCUGAGACACUACGUACUUUGCCUGCUCUGGAUGAUCCUCGAUAUGGAGCCUCCACAACUCCAUCUCAUGAAUCAGCAUCUUCUUCUGAAAGUACUCAAGACUUGUCUCAAGAUAUAGAAACAUGGAUAGCUAAUAAAUUUUCCGUCUCAAUAAAUCUGGUUGAGCUUUCUCUCCAUUCAGGAUCGACAAGAGAUUCUCCUCUGGCUAGUGUGCAGGCGAGUGGUGCAUGGCUUCUCUAUAACUCAAACACACGGGAGGAGAAUUUUCUGUAUGCUACUCUCAAAGGUUUUUCAGUUUUUGACGAUCGUGAAGGAACGAGAGAUGAGUUAAGGCUUGCUAUUGGGAAAUCAGCAACAGUUAGAGACACAUCAUCCGUUGAUGGGUAUGAUAAUCCAAACGAACUUGAUUCAGGUGAACAAAGGAUACAAAAAGAUCCAGGCCUUGAGCCAAUCCCCUCGAUGCUCAUUCUUGAUGCCAUCUUCCGAAAAUCUUCAUCAUCUGUGUCUCUCUGUGUUCAGCGGCCCAAGUUUCUUGUGGCACUUGACUUCUUACUAGCAAUAGUCGAGUUCUUUGUGCCAUCUUCUCACAGUCUUUUAUCCAAUGACGAAGACAAGGACCUUCUGCACAUGAUUUCUCCUGUAGUAUUGACUGAUCAGAUUUAUUACCAGGAGCAUUCAACUUUUAGUCUUUCACCUCAGAAGCCCUUGAUUGUUGAUAAUGAAAGAUUUAAUCACUUUAUAUAUGACGGGAAAGGUGGAAAGUUAUAUUUGCUGGAUAGAGAUGGGAAAAUUCUCUCAAGCCCUAGCUCUGAGAGUUUCAUUCAUGUGCUCAGGUGUAAAAGGUUACAAUUUCGGAAUGUCACUAUAGUGAAUGGUGAAUAUUUGGACUCCUGUAUAUCUCUUGGUGAUGAUUGCUUGUAUUCAGCAUCAGAGGAUGACCAUGUCUACUUAGUAAGAGAAAAUGAUGGUCUCCUGUCGACACCCAGUGAGGAAAUUACAGAAGACAUUGUUAAAAAUUCAAGUGCUGAUAUUUCAACAGAAUUCAUAAUGGAACUACAGGCGAUUGGACCAGAGCUUACUUUCUAUAGCACAUUGAGGAAUGCGGGUGAAAAUUUAGCACUAUCAACAAAGGUUAUUCAUGCCCGCACAGAUGCAUUUUGCAGGCUUAUAAUGAAGGGUGACAGUAUGGAGAUGAACGGAAACAUACUUGGUUUAAAGAUGGAGAGUAAUGGCAUCAGAGUUAUAGAACCAUUUGACAUGUCUGUGAAAUAUUCCAAUGCAUCUGGAAAGACAAAUUUGCAUCUGCUGGUUUCAGAGAUAUAUAUGAAUUUUUCCUUCAGUAUUCUCAGACUAUUUUUAGCAGUCGAGGAAGAAAUUUCAGCAUUUCUCAGGAUGUCAUCGAAGAAAAUGUCACUGGUGUGCUACCAGUUUGAUAAAGUUGUAACAAUGCAAGGCAAUUCAAAUGAUCAAGUGCUCUCUUUCUGGCGACCACAUGCUCCAUCUGGAUAUGCCAUUUUUGGCGAUUAUCUUACACCGAUGAAUGACCCUCCUACUACAGGAGUCCUUGCUUUGAAUACGAACUUUGUAAGGGUCAAAAGGCCUUUAUCAUACAAGCUAAUAUGGCAAUAUGGCCCUUCAAGAACAAACAAUUUUCAUCAGAAUGAGAAAGACUCGAAGAAGAAGCUCUCUAAUGUUGACCAGCUCUGCUCUGUUUGGUUACCUGUAGCACCCAUGGGCUAUGUUGCUAUGGGUUGUGUUGUUUCAGCUGGAACUGCUGAACCACCAUUGUCUUCAGUUUUUUGUUUAACUGCUUCCUUGGUUUCAUCGUGUAAUCUAAGGGAUUGCAUUGUACUGAGGGGUAAUGCUAACAUGAUAUUCUGGCGCAUUGAUAACACUUUUGGUUCCUUUUUACCUGGAGAUCCUGUAAGUAUGAGUGUGCAUGGAAAUGCUUACGAUCUUCGCCAUAUGCUGUUCAACAGUGCAGACUCAUCUUCCAAGACUAUCUCUAGAGGGCAAGAUAUUAGGAAUGAUGCCACUCAGCUAGAGAGAUCAGCAUUGACCUCAGGUCGGCUAUUUGAAGCAGUAGCAAACUUUAAACUAAUUUGGUCAAAUAGUGGGACCUCUUCGCCAAAGAAGCUCUCAAUAUGGCGUCCAAUGUUGUCUGAAGGAAUGUUUUACUUCGGUGACAUAGCUGUUAACGGGUAUGAACCACCAAAUGCUGCUGUUGUCCUUCGUGGUACUGGCGAAGACACUUUUCUCAGAGCUCCUGAAGGUUAUGAUCUUGUUGGUGGAAUUAAGAAGCACCGGGGUACUGAGGGUGUAUCAUUUUGGUUUCCUCAAGCUCCUUCAGGUUUUGUGGCGUUAGGAUGUGUUGCAUCUAAAAGUUCUCCAAUGAAAGAGGACUUCAGUUUGUUAACAUGUAUUAGAAGUGACAUGGUGGCAGGAGGUCAAUUUUCUGAUGAAAGUGUAUGGGAUUCAUCUGAUGCUAGAACAUCUGAAUCUUUUAGCUUGUGGACUGUUGAUAAUGAUGCUGGUACAUUUCUUGUUAGAAGUGGAUAUAGAAAACCGCCAAGGAGGCUUGCACUGAAGCUUGCUGGUCCACCUACAUCGAGCAGUUCAGAUAGAAUCAUUAUUGACGCUGAAAUCAAAACAUUUUCUGCUGUUUCCUUUGAUGAUUAUGGAGGAAUGAUGGUGCCAUUAUUUGGAAUGUCCUUUGAUAAUGUUGGAAUUAAUUACCAUGGGGGUACUCAUCAUCUGAAUGCAACUGUGAGCUUGUCGUUUGUGGCCAGAUCCUAUAAUGACAAGUAUAAUGCGUGGGAGCCCUUCAUUGAACCAACGGAUGGAUUUCUUAGGUACCAAUAUGACAUCAAUACACCAGGUUCUCCUCGCCAACUCCGUAUUACCUCAACUCGAGAUCUGAAUUUGAAUGUAUCAGUUUCCAAUACAAACAUGUUAUCACAAGCUUAUGCUAGCUGGAACAAUAUCAGCCUUGGUGAUGAAUUAUACAAGAAGGAAACAUUUUCUCCUACUGAGCAGCCAGUUCUUGAUGUGCAUCAAAGAAGAAGUUAUUACGUUGUCCCACAAAACAAACUUGGGCAAGAUAUAUACAUAAGAACAACUGAACAUAGCAGUUUACUUAUUACUCUAUUGCCAUCUGGGGAUGAUAGGUCCAUAAAAGUUCCGGCUUCAAGGGAUCUAUUGGAUUCUCAUUUAAGUGGAAAAUCUGUUAAAUUGUAUUGUUUGAUGAUAACUGCUAUUCUCGCGGAUGCUGAGAUUAAGGUUGAUGAAGGAGUAACAACUGGUGAAUAUUUGACCGCAGUGCGGCUCUUUUCAGAAGAUCGUUCUAUGUCUGGUGCUCAGCAACAGAGUGCCCGUACUUGUGCUGCUGCUGGAGAACACUCUUCGCAAAACAUCAGAAAGGUGAACUGGAACGAAAUGUUCUUUUUCAAAAUCCAAUCUGAGGAUAGUUAUAUUUUGGAACUUCUUGUGCUUGAUGCUGGUAGAGGUCAACCAAUUGGUAUAUACUCUGCUCCAUUGAAGCAAGUUUUGAAAAAGCUACCUCUUACCUCAAGUUCAGGCAGUGCCAAAUUUGAUUUGACUUUAGGAGACCUUAUGUCAACCAAAACAGUGGAACAUGAAACUGUUAAACCUAGUGGAAAAAUAAGAUUCACGGUACUUGUUUCUGGUAGAGCUAAUGUACAACAAAGGAACAGAACCAGUCCUAGCAGAAGCAAGACUGGAUAUAUUCAAAUUAGCCCUUCCAAAGAAGGGCCUUGGACAAACAUGAAGCUAAACUAUGCUGUACCUGCAGCAUGUUGGAGGUUUGGCAAUUGUGUGAUUGCUAGUGAAGCAACAGUCAAGGAAGGCAACAGAUAUGUUAGCAUACGUUCCCUUGUGUCAGUUACUAAUACAACCAAUUUUGUUGUUGAUUUGCGUCUAAAAGGAAGAUUUUCUCAAAGUGCACGAUCAGAUGAACAAGAAGAGAAUUUUGAAAAAGAAGAUCAAAUCUUGGUCGGAAUGUUAGAGCCCAGUUCUACGGUCCCAGUCCCACUAUCAGGCCUCUCACAUCCUGCUGUACCUUAUACAUUGCAGCUAAGACCGGCAAUUCAUCAUGAACACAUGAAUUACUCCUGGAGUGAGGUCCAGGAGAGGGGCAGUCAAACUGAGUUCAGAAAGGAGGAGAUCCUAGAUAUAUGUGUGUCAGAUCUGUAUGAGUCAGAAAACUUGUUAUUCUGCUCACAGAUAGAUGGCACUUCCUGUUCUUGUCAAGGACUGUGGUUUUGCUUGAGUAUAGAAGCCAAGGAAAUAGGCAAAGAUGUUCGCAUGGAUCCAAUAUAUGAUUGGACCAUCGUUAUCAAAUCCCCGUUGUGUUUGACAUACUAUCUUCCCAUUUCUGCACAUUAUACUGUUAGUUCUAGCCACCUCGACGAUGAAGAUUCAAGUUGCUCCCAGGGUACCUUGAAUUCUGGUGAGGCUGUGAAGGUUCAUAAUGUCGAUCCAAGAAACCCUUUGUAUUUUUCCCUCAUUCCACAUGGGGGAUGGGAACUUAUGCAUGAACCUGUUAUUAUAUCACAUCCGACUGAAGUGCCUUCAAAAUUUAUCAAUCUAAGAAGUUCUCUAUCCAAAAGGAUUGUACAGAUUCUUCUUGAACAAAGCAGUGAUAAUGACUAUUUGAUGGCAAGGGUUAUCAGAAUAUAUGUUCCCUAUUGGAUAUCUUUUGCUAGAUUGCCUCCACUUACUCUGCGACUAAUUGAUAUCUCUGGAAGGAAAGACAAGAGACGGUUUCUUGUACGUCCACAUUUGGAAAGGAGUGAGAAGCUCCUCUAUGAUAUAAGACAUGACGAAUUGGUUGAGGGAUACACUAUAGCGUCUGGAUUAAAUUUUAAGGGCUUAGGCCUUUCAUCAUCUGUUGGCAGACAUGGAGGACAGUUUGGAUCUGUGAAAGAACUAUCACCUCUUGGUGAUAUGGAUGGUGCGGUUGAUCUUUCGGCCUAUGAUGAUGAUGGAAAAUGCAUGCAUAUUCUUCUUUGUUCAAAGCCAUCCUCAUAUCAAGCUGUCCCAACAAAGGUUAUCCAUGUGCACCCGUACACAACAUUCACGAACAGGGUUGGACAAGAUUUGUACAUAAAACUUAGUGUUGGAGAUGAGCCAAAGGUCUUACAUGCAUAUGACUGGAGGGUUUGUUUUAUGUACUCUGAGGGGGAUACUGACAAACUGCAGGUUCGGCUGGUGGAUACAGACUGGUGUCAACCUCUGGAGAUAGUAAAAGAAGACAUCAUUGUUAUAGCAAUGAGAAAGCAGGACGGUACUCAGAAAUUUGUGAAAGCCGAGAUACGUGGUUAUGAGGAAGGUUCAAGAUUCUUGAUUGUAUUCCGUCUGGGGCCAGCAUAUGGGCCAAUCAGGAUUGAAAACCGGACGAGUAGUACAACUAUCAUUACUCGCCAGUCUGGUUUAGUUGGAGAAACUUGGAUCCAAGUGAAACCACUUUCAACCAGAAAAUAUUCUUGGGAUGACCCAUAUGGACAGAAAGUUAUUGAUGUUAGCAUCCAGAAAGGAGAUGUUACUAUUGUCGUGUGUGUUGACCUGGAAAACUCUGUUGGAAGUUCCACCAGUUUUAGGGAACAUGGCCUCGAGUUCAGUAUAGUUGAGACCAUUGAUAUUAAGAUAUUGAAGUUUACCGAUUACCUAAGAAGACAGGAUGAAGUAAACGGAUUGCCUGGAUCUGAACUGAUUGAUCACCAAGCAUCAGCAUUGGAGACACAGCCAGGUGCUGGACCCUUAGAGCUUACUGUUGAACUUGGAGUUGUUGGAGUAUCUUUGAUUGACCAUAAGCCGAGGGAGCUUUUAUACUUGCAUCUGCAGAAGGUUUUGAUUUCAUACAUGACUGGUUAUAAUUCUGGGAUCACUAGCAGGUUUAAGUUAAUUCUUGGUCAGUUGCAACUAGAUAAUCAGUUGCCACUGUCUACAAUGCCGGUUGUUUUGGCUACUGAGACCAGGUCUGAUUCAAACCGUCCUGUUUUUAAAGCUAACAUUGCUGUUAGCAAUGUAACUUCUAAUGGUAUUCAAGUCUACCCACAUGUCUAUAUCCGGGUAACUGAUCAAACAUGGAGACUGAAUAUUCAUGAACCUAUUAUUUGGGCACUGGUUGACUUCUACAACAAUCUUCGUUUUGUCAGCGCCAGCAGUAGCACAACUGUCACUGAAGUGGAUCCUGAGAUACGAAUAGAGCUUGUUGAUAUUUCAGAGAUAAGGCUGAAAAUAUCUCUGGAAACUGCGCCUACUCAAAGACCCCGUGGUGUACUUGGCAUAUGGAGCCCUGUCCUAUCUGCUGUGGGUAAUGCGUUUAAGAUUCAGGUGCAUCUGCGGAAGGUCAGGCGCAGAAGCCGGUUUAUGCGAAAGAGCUCCAUCAUCCCUGCUAUCAUGAACCGAAUCAAGAGAGAUCUGAUUCACAAUCCUCUGCAUCUGAUCUUUUCUGUAGAUUUUCUUGGAGUGACAAAAUCAACUUUGUCAUCACUUAGUAAAGGAUUUGCGGAGCUCUCUAUUGAUGGGCAAUUUCUUCAGCUAAGAUCAAAGCAGGUUUGGUCAAGGAGAGUCACUGGUCUUGGUGAUGGGCUAGUUCAAGGGACUGAAGCAUUUGCUCAGGGUUUGGCUUUUGGGGUUUCUGGUGUUUUAAGAAAGCCAGUUGAGAGUGCCAGACAGUAUGGUGUUAUCGGCAUUGCACCUGGUCUUGGCCGCGCUUUUGUGGGUUUUAUUGUACAACCUUUAAGUGGGGCUCUGGAUUUUUUCUCAUUGACAGUUGAUGGAAUUAGUGCUAGUUUUAUGAGAUGCGUCAACAUUCUAAGUAACAAAUCUGUCCCCCAGAGGAUUAGGGAUCCUCGUCCUAUCCACCGAGAUGGUAUAGUAGGAGAGUAUGACAAAGUAGAAGCUGCUGGUCAGAUGGCCCUUUACCUGGCAGAAGCUAGCCGAUAUUUUGCAUGCACAGAAUUAUUUCGAGAACCUUCUAAGUAUGCAUGGGCUGAUUACUACGAAGACCAUUUUAUUUUACCAAAACAGAGGAUUGCUUUAGUAACUAACAAGCGGGUGAUACUGCUUCAGUGCUUGGACCUAGAUAAAAUGGACAAGAAACCUUCAAAAAUACUUUGGGAUGUUCCUUGGGAAGAAGUACUUUCAUUGGAGCUGGCAAAAGCUGGGUAUCAGAGGCCUUCACAUGUAAUCGUGCAUCGGAAGAAUUUUAGGAGGUCUGAGAACUUUGUAAGACUUAUUAAGUGCAACGUUGAUGAAGAACAUGAACCUCAGGCUCUUUCACUUUGUUCUUCAAUUCGGAAAAUGUGGAGAUCUCACCAGGCAGCCAUGAAAGUUAUACCCUUGAAGGUUCCAUCAGGCCAGCGCCAAAUGUAUUUUGUGUCAGAUGAUGAUAGAAGGGAAUCCCACAGUUUUUCUAGGCCUCUUCUAAGCUCGAGAGGAACUUCUAGUAAUGUUGAGCAACAACUCAUACACCAUACAGUUAACUUCCAGAAAAUGUGGAGCAGUGAGCCAGAAAUUCGGAGCCGAUGUAAACUAGUUGCCAAGCAGGUUGCAGACGAUGGAACGGUGUUUAGCGUCUGGAGGCCUCUGUGUCCUAGUGGGUAUGCCUCAAUUGGAGAUGUUGCUUAUGUCGGCACCGAUCCACCGCUUAUUGCUGCUGUCUACAACAACGUAAAUGGGAAUUUUGUACUGCCUCUUGGCUAUGACCUGGUUUGGAGAAACUGUGCUGAGGAUUACAGGAGCCCUGUAUCAAUAUGGCUUCCAAGGCCACCCAACGGAUUUGUAGCUCUUGGAUGCGUUGCUGUGCCUGCUUUCGAGGAGCCCCCUCUUUAUUGUGCCUUCUGCGUGAACGAGAGAUACGCUGAGGAUGCAGUGUUUGAGGAGCAAAUCAUAUGGGCGUCAUCUGAUGCUUGCCCAUGGGGAUGCUAUAUCUACCAAGUUCAGAGCGGCUCGCCGCAAUUCAUGGCACUUCGUCUUCCAAAGGAACAGUCUGAACUGAGGCCUAAGAAGAUAUCGGGGCCCUAUCUACAACCAGCAUCGGAGACUUAAUACCAAGAAAAGCUGGCUAGGGAAAAGAGGGCCACCCACUGGUGCUCGAACCCGGGUGCUCGCAACAAGUAUUUUCCUGAGGAGCAUAUACUGUAUAAAUCCGAGGAGCAUAUACAGUAUGAUCCUGGCCACAGGGUUUGGUGCCCCUACCUAAAAGAUGGAAGCCUGAGGAGCAUAUAUUGUAUCAUAUACUGCUGUCUGUGGCUCCGUGAUCAGAGCAUACAUAGGGACCUAUAUUCAACACUUCCUGGCUGGGUGUAAAUGCUGUAAACUAGUAGGUCAAUGGUUUGUAAAUGCAAAAUUUUGUAACGUUGCUACAGUUUUGUCCAGUAUUAGUAGAUAAUUAGGUGUGGCAUUUAUUUGCAGGGGAAUAAUUAUGCGUUGUGACUUCUUUUGUUCGUCACUUUCUUGAUUUGUAGUUGUGCGCGGUCACUUUCUUUUGUUA